CCUUCUUCUAAGUCAGUGCACAUACGAGAGGACUCAGAGGAGGUUGGGCACUAACGAGUCGCCAAUUGAGGAGAACUCAGUGAGUUGAAUUUCAAUCCCAGAGGGAAGAGAGAGAAUGAACCAGAGCCAGCAAUCGAGCGAUGGAAGGCACGAAGAAGACACCGCCCUGACUGAGUUCUUGGCCUCGUUAAUGGACUACACCCCAACUAUACCUGACGAGCUUGUGGAGCAUUACCUUGCCAAGAGUGGUUUUCAGUGUCCCGACCUUCGAUUAGUCAGACUGGUGGCUGUUGCCACACAAAAGUUUGUCGCAGAGGUUGCUACUGAUGCUCUACGGCAGUGCCAAGCAAGACAGGCAUCAGUCGUCAAGGACAAAAGGGACAAGCAGCAAAAGGACAAGCGCCUUAUAUUGACAAUGGAGGACUUGUCGAAAGCAUUGCGAGAGCAUGGUGUGAAUGUGAAGCACCAAGAAUAUUUUGCCGACAAUCCUUCGACCGGGAUGGAUCCCGCUUCAAGAGAUGAAUAAGUGAAUGUUGUGGCUGGAUCAACAUUCAACAGUCCAUUUACUUACUUUUGUGGCUAUGAAAGUCGCUGCUAGAAAACUCAACUGUGCCCAAGUCAUAUAUUAGUAUUGUUUGAAUUUGUACAAUAGUGUUUCAUAUUGUGGAUAUAUAUUUGAUUUCUUUGAUAAUUUCUUGUACUCCCAUAGCAGAGUAGAGCAGUCUCGUUCUGUUCCCAUCUACAUUCUCUAUGGUCCUUUCUCUUUGAAUUCUUUUGAAUGAUGUAUCAGUUUAGAGACUCAAAACAGCCACGUUGAUCAAUCUAACAUCUACUAGUUUCAGUUUU